AUGGCAGUGACAGAGUGGGAUCCCACGCAAUUCUUUCGCGAGGGAUACCCUUCCUCGCCGUAUGCCCUGUUGAUCCUCAACCAUCCAAUCAACGAAAAGGCCUACGAUGUUCUACAGCGACAUGCAUGUAUCACCGUCUGCGCCGACGGCGGCGCAAACCGCUUCUACGAGAUGAUGAAGGCCCGCGGGAGCGAAUUUACAGAUUUCCCCAGCGCCAUAAUCGGCGACCUCGACUCCAUCCACCCGGAGAUCCGCACGCACUACGAGACCCUGGGCGUCUCCGUCAUCCAACACAUCGACGACUACAGCACGGACUUCCACAAGAGCCUGCAGUACAUCCAAAGGAACACGGCGACUAUUCUCGCUACUGCUGCGGCGGCAGCAGCAGCAGCACCAUCACCACCACCAGCAGCAGCAAAUCCAGAACUCACCACAGAACCUACUUCCAUCACUAACCCCCAAACCCCACCCCAAACCCGACCUCAACUCGAAAUCCUCAUCCUAGGCGGCCUAGGCGGCCGCGUCGACCAAGCCUUCUCCCAAAUCCACCACCUCUUCUACAUGACGCAGGAGCUCCGAGCCACAAGCACCACAAGCACCACCACCACCAGCAGCUCCAGCAUUGAUGAACCCCACCCCAAAGGGGGAAACCUCUACCUCAUCUCCGAAGAAAGCAUAACCUUCAUCCUCCGCCCUGGCCGGAAUAUCGUGCACACGCCGCGGGUGAAUCGCCCCGCCACUACCCCAGCACCCAGCCAUGACACCGACAGUCAAAACAAGCAAGAUAUCCCCGAGGUGCAGAGCACCGCCACCACCACCACCACCACCACCACCCCGGAAAAAACGCAUCUCCUGGAGGAAAACGUCGGGAUCAUCCCGCUCCUGGGACCGGCGCGGAUCACCACCGCCGGGUUCCAGUGGGAUGUGCGGGACUGGAAGACGGAGAUCGGGGGCCAGCUGAGCACGAGCAACCAUAUUCGGGCGGAUGUGGUCGAGGUCGAGGCCAAGAUGCCGGUGCUGUUGACUUUGGAGCUGGCGGAGCGGUUUAAGAAGAAAUGA